AAAAGCAUGAGAAAAGAAUAAUUAAAUAUUUUUUUUAAUGUAACGAAGAAUAUCUUAAUUUCUUGAAACACAAUGCAUCCCUUAAACGAGAAUAGCGCUGCUGACGGAAUUUCUUUGAAAUCUGCUCGCAUUUGCUGAUUGGUUACUUGGAAAAUGGAAGUGGAGAUCCAUAUACGCAUGACUGCGACCUUUCGCCAUAUUUAAUUUUUACCAAAUUUUGUGAACCGAUGUAAAGAAAAUUGAAAGAAUAAAAAUCACGUAUCAUGAAUAAUUAAUCAAAACAACUUGGAAAUAGUUAUAAAACGUUCUUGUUUCAGAAUCAGAAAAUAUUGUGAUAGAAGUAGUUAGGCACAAGUUGCGUAACUUGCAUGCAUCCAACCCCCGCGGAUUUUUCCUCGCUCGCGCGCGAUUUUAUUCUGCGCAUGGAAAGCAAUUUUGCCCAAUCAUAAAUAGGGCUAUUGUGGGGGGAUGGUGUAUGCUGCUGGCGCAUUUCAUACAUCCGAGUGUAAUGGUAACCAGAUAGAGGCGUCGCGCGGGGCUAUCGGCCGAUGGAAUAUGGGAUCUGGAGUUUUCACGCCGCGGGUGAACUUUGGGGUGACCCGCGUCUCACCCGAAGGCAUCCGAUUCUACCAUCAAGUGCAACACAGUUGCUGCCGAGAUCCACAUUCGCCUUGAGUGGCUUCCAUCGACCAAAUAUGGUGUCAUUACCGUUGACUUCCGUUGGACCGCCAUAUGGACCUAUGGAACUCGUUACAAAACGGAAUAGUGAACGGGAUGUGAAGAACGAGGAGAGAGAAAAGGAGAAACAAGAUGACAACGAAAAAAACAUCGAACGAGCCAACGAAAAUGAUAAUCAGACUUCCGUGCCGAAAGAAAAUAAUGACAAUGAAGAUGCUGGAGAGGAAAGCGAUACUGGAAGUACAAAUAGUUCACACCGUUUAGCUAACAAUAAUUUACCGACAAAACUGCUUGAUCCCAUGGCUUAUCUGACAUUUGACAAGGAUGGAACAAUUACACCAGUUUUGAAUGGCUGGGUCCUUGGCGCUUAUACUGCUAUGCUUGGAAGACUUUCAGCAGCGACAGCGGCUCUCGAAGCAACAGAAAUUCCAAACAUUCCAUCUGAUAGCGAUUCUGAGAGCGAGCAUUCGUCUUAUACCGAGAAAUCUCGAGGUAGUAGUCCAAACAUUAGCAAUGCACAUCGUGGUUAUUCCUGCGGUUCUUGUGACAUGGUUGCGCCAACAAGGCCAGCUUUGCGAAAACACAUUGUUAAUUGUCAUCCACCAGUACUCAGCGCAGAAGCUGGAGAAAAGAAAAGUUGUCCGUCCUCGGGCUGUGAUUUUACCACGAAUAGUAGAUGCGAGAUGGAAACUCACGUGGCUUCACACGUAGCACAAGGGAUGACGCCCACUGGAAAGAAGCGAACUCUCGCAUUGCAACGCGUCAGGUAUAGGUAUGAAAGGGAAGAAUACCGAUGCUCAUUAUGCUCAUAUGCCUGCACCAUUGAAAAGGCAUUUCAGAGGCAUUUGAGAGCACACGCAAAUGGUAUAGCGCCGGAAACGAGAGUGAGUUGUGCUGUUUGUGGGGCGGACAGAUCAUCGGAAGUCGAUCUAAGCAGACAUAUGAGAAGGCAUCGUGACGAUCGAUACUUUUGCUGUGACAUUUGCAUUUUUCGCACAGUACAGUUAAAAAAGCUUAUUCAACAUCGGCGAAUGCAUACAGGCGAGAAACCACAUCUAUGUCCACAUUGUGCAUACAGAAGUGCACGUCGUGACAAUUUACGUAGCCAUGUAAGACGAGUCCACAAAAAAGAGAAUCUGUAUUGCGAUACGUUUAGUCCACGUGGCAUGUUGCUUACACCUACAAUCGAAAAAGAUAUACCUCUGGUGCAGAGCCCGGAAUCUUCACCUUCAUCCAAUUCGGAGUCCAUGAAUUAACGAAAAAACAACACAAGACAGAAGAUAAUUUCGAAAUUCGAUUGGGGACCGAAAAAUUAAGCGGUUCAUCGUCGCUUUAUAUGUCCUUAACUUUGUCAAUAUAUAAUGACUUAGAGAUAAUAAAAUCGAUUUUACAUUGGCAGCGAAGAUCGUGUCGUCACUAUUCGAGCUUUUUUGAGAAUUGUCAAUCGAUUAUUUUAAAAAUUGAUUAAAUGAUUUAAAUUGAUUAAUUAAUUAAUUAAUUGAAAUGAUAAUUUGUAGAAAAAUCAAUAUUGAUUAUUCUUAUUUGAUUUCAAUUAAAAUAGAAUAUAUAUAAUUUUUCAAAAUGAUAGUUAAUUUGAAAUUGAUUUAGAUUCAAUUUAAAUAAAUAAUUUAAAGAAAAUAAUUAUAUUAUAAGUUGGAUUAUAGAAAAAAUUGUGUUAGAAAAAAUUAAAAUAUAAAGAUUUCGCGCGAGACUAGUGACGAUGAAAAUAGUCAGAAGUUGUAAAUACAUGAAGUUUAAAGAAUAAUAGUUUUGAAACAUUUUUUAAAAAUCAAUCUCAACUUCUUGAA